AUUAAAAUUCAAAAAGAAAAUCUUGGCAAAAAAAUAAUUCAAAAAGAAAAUAAAAAUCAGGUAAAUUCAAUUCAAGUCAGCCAUGAAUCAUCAAUUCAAGAAGAUGAAAAUGGUGGCAGAGAAGCUGAUCACAAUAGAGAGCACAGUUUCAUCGGUUUCCGUGCUAUUCAUUCACUCUGCUCUGUUCUUGGUUGCUCACUUUUUGCCUUCUUUUCCUCUUCUAACCCUCCUUUCUAUUUCAGCUGGGGUGAUGCUUCUUGUUGUGGGUUUGGGGAGGGCUUGCAAGAAGCUUCUUGGGGUGCGUGGCUCAGCUCCUGCUUUUGUUGUUAUAAACAUAUUGUAUGUUUGGAUUGUGUAUCUCAUUGUGAUUAGACCAGGGGUUUCAUAUAAAUUGGAUAUUGUAUUCAACUCAGAGCUUGUCAUUCUUCUGCUUGGUCUAUGUAGAAUUCUGUCUAGUGACCCAGGUUAUGUUGCAUAUGGAUAUUCCAAUCCUGAAAAACUUGUUGCGGAUCCAUUGCUAGAUGUUGAAACACCCUUGCAGGAGUCCGAGCUCGCAAGCUGUGAAACGUACAAAGGCUGCGCUUCUAAUGAGAAAAAUGGUCAGGAAUCUACUCUACUGCAGAGGAUAAGGUUUUGUAGAAUGUGCAAGGUGUAUGUAAAGGGAUUUGACCACCAUUGUCCUGCCUUUGGAAACUGCAUAGGUCAAAAAAAUCGUGUUCUCUUUAUUACUCUCCUGGUUGGAUUUAUUUUGUCAGAGGCUUCUUACAUUGCUUGCUUAUCACAAUUUGCAAAAUCUUAUACUGCGGACAAAGACGUGGAAAAGCCCAGUUACUCUAGUACUUUGGCUGGUAGCACUAUGCUAUUCUCUCUUCUACAAGUGUUGUGGCAGAUUGUCUUCCUGAUGUGGCACUUAUACUGUGUAUGUUUCAAUAUUACAACUGAUGAGUGGAUAAACUGGAAAAGAUAUCCAGAGUUCCAAUUGGUGGUACAGCUUCAACUAGGUUUUGACUGUUCAGGACAACCAGCAUCACGGACAGUGUUUACAAAUCCUUAUAAUCAUGGAAUUUUGCAAAAUCUGAAGCAUUUCCUAAAAGCUAAAGAAUGAUAUAUGCUCUGGUACCACUAUAUGGUUGUGUUUCCAGCACAGGUUUGGAUUAACAUGUGAUCCCAUUCUACUUUCAGUCGAGACAUUCCAAGUACUCGAUUCAGUUGGUAAUGCAAGGGAUCUUCACUCGUUAUCUAAAUGAGAGGGAUGGUCUAUUGGCUCCUCUAAGUGAGGAUGUCUGGCAACAAAUGCUAGCAAGGUUUUGGCCAUCAGGCCUUUGAGAAGGAUCUCUAGCAACCACUUACUUGAGCUCUAGAGCUUCAGUCCUUGUGAAGAACUUAUUGUAUAUUGUAAUAAAUUUGCUAAAUAACAAUAUACUUGUUGAGAUAAAUUUUAAUGAAAUGUAUUAAAGUACUUUGUAAUUUUAUAUCUUAAACAAGGACAUUAAACUUUCAA